AUGAAACCGAGAGAAUAUUGCUGCUGCGCGAUUCCAGUCAUAUAUGUUGGCAUAUACUCUGCCCUUCUUGAGCAAUUUGCUCUCGGAAUCUUGGCCGGCACAUUAUCUGUUGCCACAACGUCUAUCGUGGGAGCAGUAACGCCUUCCUUUGCCAAAUGGCUGUUUGGUAUCAUCUGCUAUGUAGGCGCAGGUAUUCAGCUACUGGGUUUCGCCGGUGUUCGACAGGAAAAGCCGAUCCUAUUCCGCCGAUAUACCACUUUGCAUCUAAUGACAACUCUCGCCGCAUUUGCUGUGGCAGCCGUCUGGAUAAUAUUGUCCGCUGCGAAGCAUACACAGGCUGAGACAAAUUGCAAAAAUAAUUUCUACAAUUCCACCAACUCUGUUGUCGAACAAGAGGGGGACACCAUAUGCAAGUAUUUUCCAUGGGCAGACAUAGGAAUCAUGAGUGGCCUAUGGGUGUUGCUUGCCAUCAUGCAGGUGUACCUCUAUUUCGUUCUGCUUUCAUACUCCUCAGGCCAGGAGCGUGACUAUCGGCACUUCGACUCUUUCUACGACGCAAGCAAGCCGUUCGCAAGCGACAUUCCUCUCGCCGAUCGAAGCGAUCCUUGGCAGUCUCGCCCGUCUACGGAUGCCCUCGUAAACGCGGGUGGACAUGGCAGGUCAGACAGUAUUGCUAGUACUUCUACGGUCAUGGGUGAUCAAAUGCAACAAUCCCGGAAUCUUAACGGAUACGGACAGACGUACAAUCCCCCAAGCCAAUCAGGAGACGGCUUCAGACAAGACGCUGGCCCAACGUCAAGAUUAGCCAAUAAUCAAUAUGAUGACGAGAUUGAAUCGGAGUAUUCGCAACGUAGCCAGGCUCAUCCUGGUAUGCCUGGCUAUUGA